CGCAGAUCAGUUCGAAAUGGAAUUGUAACUCCCGAUAGCUGACGUAAAGUUUGAAAUUUAUAUCUUUUUUUUUGCACGGAUUGUACUUAAAAAUUAAAAGUAUGUAGUAUUUAAAUUAAUUUCAAAGCUUAAUACCUCGUUGAAGUCUUUCCUGCCAGGUUUGGACUGUCAGAUUUACUGAUAGUGGUCUUCCUCCCUGAACACUGCGCCAAGAUGGAGAACUUUAUCCUCUAUGAAGAAAUUGGACGAGGGAACCAGUCAGUUGUGUACAAAGGGAGAAGGAAAGGCAGCAUCAGUUUUGUUGCUAUCAUUUGCAGUGACAAGUCAAAAAGGGCUAAAAUCACAAACCAUGUGCGGCUGAUUCGCAACAUCAAGCAUGAAAAUGUGGUGUCCUUCCAUGAGUGGUACGAGACCAGCAACCAUCUCUGGUUGGUGGUAGAGCUAUGCACAGGAGGCUCCCUAGAAACAGUCAUCGGUCAGGAUCAAUGCCUGUCUGAGGAUGUUGUGAGAGGGUUUGCAAUUGAUUUGGCCAAAGGCCUGAAAUACAUACAUGAUUCAGGAAUUGUCUUUUGUGACCUUACCCCAGCCAAGAUCUUACUGGAUGGUCCGGGGACUCUGAAAUACUCAAAUUUCUGCAUUUCCAAAGCAGAAGGAGAGAAUCUGGAAGAGUUCUUUCUUAUGUCUAUAUCACAGGAAGCAGGACUGGAAGAUGACAACACACUUCAGAUAAAUAUUAAAAGUCUCGUUCAAGGAUCUCCCACGUACUCAGCUCCUGAGGUGUUGAAGGGAGAAGAUACUAGCAUCGAAAGUGAUUUGUGGGCUCUGGGCUGUGUAUUAUAUGAGAUGUUUUCAGGAAAGCCCCCAUUUUUUUCUCAGAACGCCUCUGAAUUGUUGCAGCUCAUUCUUAAUGAAGAUCCACCACCUUUAAGGCAAAAGGUAGCCCCCUUCUCUGAACCAAGUCCAGAAUUUCAAAGCCUCCUAAGAGGCUUGCUUCGGAAAGACCCUCAUGAAAGGCCGAGCUGGGACCAGUUGUUGUCACACCCAUUCUGGAGGGGUGCCUUUUCUGAGGAGGAAAAACUCAAAGAGGAAGAUACCUUUGUGAGCUCCAGCAGCGUCGAGACAGCUUACAGUAACGUAACAGGCCAGAUGUUACACUCGUGCUCUGCCCCAGAGACCUUAGAAGAGACGCGUACCCUGGAAGGAGUUGAAGCAGCUGGGAACAAAGGCCAGCCCCUCCGAAAUUCUUUGCAAUUGAACAGUGUGGCUGAGUUCAGACCAAAGAGUGCAUUGGACAAUGAUGCCAGAGAGCCUGUUUUUCUUCUCAGCUCCUGCCCAGCACCUGGAAGGAGCACCAUGGCCAACCAUGCAGUAGACAGAACAUCUCAGUCACAUGAGGAGUUGUUAGCCAGUCAGGUGAAUGAUCUGGGCUCCUCCAUCAGGGAGCUAGUCUUCACAGACUCUGACCUAACAGUGACACCAAUCAUUGACAACUCUAAGGUCAUGAAGCCGGCUCCAGUGAAAUUUGACUCAAAAACCUUGAGUGUCCCUGCGUACUCAGGUGAAAAGCUGUCAUCCCUGAGCCCUGCGGACUGGGAGGCCUUUGUGCAGCAGGUGUGCUGUUUGCUACAUGCAGCCGAGACAUCCGACAGUGGGCCACCGCGCUCAAAACUCAACUUGCUCAGUUACUUGUGUGCUGUGGCAAGCCACAGAGAGGCAGCCACCCGGCUGGCCCAUUCUCAGCUGUUCCCACUGUUGACCCCACAGCUGCGUGCCGCUCCUAAUUGGGAUGUCAGGACCAAGGUAACGCGGCUGCUGGGUCUUCUGUCCUCUCACUGUGUGGAGCUGAAGGAUGUCACACCGAUUUCUGAGGCUGUGGCCACUCUCACGGAGCUCGUCCGGGAGAACUUCAGGAACAACAAGCUGAAGCAGUGCCUGCUACCAUCACUGGGGGAACUGAUGUACCUCGUUGCCCGUCAGCAGGAGGAGAAGGAGGAACCCCCAGGAGGAACGUGGGCCAUUCCUGCCGCUUCCUACACCGUGUUAAUGAGGUGCCUUCGGGAGAGGGAAGAGUUGGUGGUAAACCACAUAGCCGCAAAGACUGUGGAGAACAUCUGCACCACGCUAUCCCAUCAUGCUAAGGCCUUUGUCACGGGCGAGAUUGGACCCUUGCUGUGGUACCUCUUCACUCAUUCCACAGUGGACUCGCUCCGGGUCACUGCCAUAUCGGCCCUCUGUAGGGUGACACGCCACUCAGCCACUGCAUUUCAGAGCGUCAUUGACAAGGUGGGCCUGCCCGCCAUCCUAGACUGCCUGGCUUCAGGGAUCAACCGUGUUCAGCAGUACCUCCUCACCAUGUUUGCUGCCAUCCUCUCCCAUGGGGCCAACGUGCAAAGGCUUAUCCAGGACAGGGACUUAACGGCGAAGGUUGUUCGAGCACUCGAGAGCCCAUUCCCUAUGAUCCGGGCAAAGGCCUUCCUGGUGCUCCUGCAGGUGCUUUCCUGCAGCCGAGAGGUGCUGCUCCUGUGCUGUAACUCCAGACUGGUGAUGUACAUUGAAAGAGACAUCAGAAAAGCUGCUCCAGGGAGGGAAGAACAGAGCAGCAAUGAAUACCUGUCAAAAUGCCUGGAUCUGCUCAUCCGUCACAUGGUGCAGGAGCUGCCAGUUCUUCUGGACGAAAUCCUGUCUGCUUUGGGGAACAUCGUGGGCCGCAAACAUCCGUCCGGCGCCCAGGCCAAGCAGCUGAAACAGAGUCUGCCCAUGAUCGCUGUGUUGCUUCAUAUGCUCACCUCCCAAAUUUUUAGGCCACAGGUUGUGACAGAAGAGUUCCUUUGUAAAUUUGGGAAGCUACUUAAUUAUGUGAAAUCCAUUGAUUCCUGUGAAACCUGCUUGGAUGGUGCAAUAGGGCAGACCCCCUCAGAGGAGCUUAUUAGGAACACGUUGUUAGCCAUGGAGGCCAUUACCCAGCAUCCUCCACUGCUGACACCCCAUCACAGUACUGUUGUGGAUUCCAUCCUCCCGCCACUAACCUCCCUGGCAUCCAGUAACAACGUGGAGUGGAGGAUGGUCAGCUUGAGGGUCCUGUCGGAGAUCACGCUCCUUCUACUGAGCCAGGAGCUCCUGGGCGAGGGAGAAGUUAACUCAGCCGGCCGUGAUCUGCUGGCACUCAUCACCAAGGCUCUGCUCCCACAAUGUGAGUCUCUUCUCCUGGAGCCUGAUCCACUCCCAGCCUAUGCCCUAAAGCUUCUGGUUUCUCUGACAGAGCACAGCUCACACGUGAGCAGGCUUGUUGAGGAGAGUCAUCUUCUACCUGUUGUCUUUCAAGUCAUCUCAGAACAACAGGGCAACCCCCUGGGCACCACUGUGCAGAGUGCCAUGGCCCUGCUCAGCAACCUAACUGGACAAAAGGAUGUCCGCCUGCGGCCUCUCUACCAGCAGGGUCUAGUGGAGGUUAUCUGCAGCUGGCUGAUCAGAGUGGCAGCCCUAUGUAUGGAGCGAGAAGAUAAAGCUAUGGCAAAGAGGCUCCAUGGCCUCCUGCUGUCACUCCUGGAUGUCCUGCACAAUGUGCUAAAGAGCACAUCCGCAGUGGUGCGGUAUGCUCUCCAGUCCCAGAAGGGGGAAGACAAGGGGGACAUUCAGGCGGCAGAGGAGCUCCUGCUCAUCAACAGGCCACUGGCAGAGCUCAGCGGCUUGCUCAUUCAGAUGCUCCCCAGCAGAGACCCAGAGCUCUACGAGGAAGCGAGCCAGUGCCUGUCCCUUCUGUCUCAACUCUAUGGAGGAGAUGACCUCGAGUGCCUCCACCCUGACAACCUGCAAAGCCUGGCGCAGACACUGGAGAUGCAGACUGACCCCAGACAGCAGCGGUUAUUGCUCAGGGUCAUCAAAAGGCUGGUCACCUGUAAGGACAAAGCCGCAGCCGGGCUGCAGGAGGGAGAAGAUCUGCUCCUCGUGCUCCAGGGUCUCGCUCGCUGCAGCAGCGGGAUACAGGCGCAUUGUUGAGUCGAGUGGAGCUCCCCCAACACAGCCGCCCGUCCAUCCCCCCCAACCCACGCCCCCACCUCACUUCUGUCUGAAGCAGGAAAGUGACCCCUUUUUGAGUUUGCCUGCCGGGGUCUGUUAUACAAGAAAGGGUUGGAAGAGCUUCUGAUGCUUUGUGUUUUUUGGCAAAGCUGCUGUUAAAUUCCUUUCCAAAAAAACUCCAGACAUAUGAAGUGUAUUGUUAUUAAAAAAAAAAACUGCUUCCAGCCACAGAGGGAAUUAAUUAUUCUCACUUUUAGAAAAGGUAUAGAAGAAAGCCAUACUUUUUGUUUGAGCUUCCUGUAGUGACGGAAUUGAACAGACGUAGAGGAAUGUUUUUGUGGUUCUGUUUUUAAUGGCUGUACUU